ACGGCAUCGCUAUGUGUUAAGCUGUGACGUUAGGUUUCAUAAGGUUCUGUCUGUCGACUGCAAAUAUGUUCCGGGUUUCACACUUUUUAUUAAUUUAAUGUCUUAUGAUGCUUAGUGUUACAAAUUAUCAUGUUCUCACGCUAAAACCGUUGGUGUUGAUGUUUGAAGCGGACAGAGUUGUCGACCGUGAUUGACCAUGGUUUUCAUAUUAUUAUACAAAUCUACAAUGUUGACCUUUUGUUGGUGACACUAGUUAGGCUAUUUGAACAUAUGGCUCUUCAUUCAAAUACUUGACUCGGUAGCUUCAUGCCAGCUGUUUGGUGAAUGUGAUGACUCCCAGUGACAUGACUAUAGUUUCAGGCCCAUUCAUUCUUUUGGCUCUCAAGUUAAACACAGUAAUUUAUUGAUUAAGAUUCUUCAGUUAUAGAUAGGUGUUGAUACUUGAUACCACAUGCCUUACACCAAAAAUGUGUUUUUUUCUCGGCCGUCUUCGCCUCCUGAUUCUCCGCUAAGCAGUGAAAAAUCACUGGGGUCGAGAAGGCAGCUUACUAGACAGCGUAAGUUUCGCCAUGCAACUGAAUUUGACCUAGGUUUGCAGCCUAUUGAGGUUCGGUCCAAGUCUGUACCAGUUUCCCCUAACAGGGGAUCACUCUCGCCGACUAGCUUCAGGCAUCGGUCUGUGCCUGCUGUGCCUCAACCACUGCCACUUCCUGACCUGUCUUCAUUUCUCAAAGCAGAUGAUAAAUUACGCGUGCAGAUCAAUGGAAGGCCUCGAGUAGGGGAGGAUAGCUCAUCGAGCCCUGUCACCAGGGGGAAGAGAACAGAUUAUGUUGCUAGUAAAUCAUCUAGAGUUCCCACUUAUCAUCGGAGGGGGUUCCAUUUUGAAAAUGCUGGCAAUGCUCACAACUUCAGGCUGGAUGUUCCUGCAAGGAGUGCUCCAACUAGUGGCUUCUCAAGUCCUGCGGUUAGUCCACAAAGAUUUGGCUCGGUGGAUGUUCUCCAUUCUUCAUAUGCUGUUCCUCGUGAAUUCAACAUUUCUAUAGAUAGGAAUGUAGUUCCAAAUUCCUAUGUGUUGCCAGAAAGAGUUUUACCCAGCCCUGACCGUUCUCCACACCAUAGUCCAGCUCUACCAAGUCCCCACCAAAAUAUAAGGUACCGUUCUGGCAUUGCACGCCAUUCACAUUAUAAGUCUCUUCCCGGAAGCCCUGCUACCAUUCCCGAACGUUAUAAUUCCAGCGUCCACCAAUUACCCCUUCCACCAGGAGUGCCAUCACCUUCACAUUUACCUAAUACGUCUCACACAACAAAUGAAUCAUCAACAAAAGGUCAAUGGCAAAAAGAAAAACUCAUUGGCCGUGGUACCUAUGGAAGUGUUUAUGUUGCCAUCAGCCGUCAUGAUGGAGCGAUGUGUGCAAUGAAAGAAGUUGAUAUUAUUCCUUCUGACUCUAAAUCCGCCGAGUGUAUUAAACAGUUGGAGCAGGAAAUUAAAGUUCUUCAGCAACUGGAUCAUCCAAACAUUGUGCAAUAUCUUGGCAGUGAUAUAAUUGAGGAUCGCUUUUGCAUAUAUCUGGAGUAUGUCCAUCCAGGAUCAAUUAAUAACUAUGUCCGUGAGCAUUAUCGGUCAAUAACUGAAUCUGUGGUACGCAGUUUCACCCGUCAUAUUCUCUCGGGACUAGCAUACUUGCAUAGCACAAAUACAAUUCACAGGGACAUUAAAGGGGCAAAUUUGCUUGUCAAUUCAUCCGGUGUUGUGAAACUUGCUGACUUUGGGUUGGCAAAACAUCUUACAAGUUAUGCAGUUGAUCUUUCCUUGAAGGGAAGUCCACAUUGGAUGGCUCCAGAGGUUUUGCUGUCUAUGAUGCGAAAAGAUCCCAAACCGGAGCUUGCCUUUGCUGUUGACAUAUGGAGUGUGGGUUGUACUGUCAUCGAGAUGCUGACAGGAAAACCGCCAUGGAGUGAAUACAGUGGGGUACAAGCUAUGUUUAAUGUGUUGAACAGAUCCCCAGCCAUACCAGAUUCAUUAUCCGCAGAAGGAAAGGAUUUCCUGGGAAGGUGCUUCCAGAGAAAUCCAGCUGACAGACCAACAGCAGUUAUGUUACUUGACCAUCCCUUUUUAAGAAACUUACAGGAUCAAAAACAGAAAAGAACGUUCUGGCCUUAAAUUGCAUGAAAAAUCCGUGUUUGUUGUUGAUAGAACAAACUGAAUUGGAGGUCGGUUUCACCAUCUACAUUGGUUACAAAGGGAAAAGCUCUUAACACGGGGUAGGGAUUGCUUCUAACCUUGGCCACUAAUUCUGCAAGGGAUUCUGUAACAAAGACUUUAUCUACUAUCUGAGUUACUACCACCUUUCUGUA